UAAUUAACUACUGCCGCUUUCCCCAAAGUUUCCUCAAUCUCUCAUGGCUUCAGCUGGAUUCCGAUCCCUAAGCCGCGCCUCGCUCAGCGGGAUCCAGGCUUGCCUUUCGAGUUCGAGGUCGAAAGCAGCGGCCCGUCUUGCUUCCUCGUCUCGCCAGCCGGCCGCUGCUUCAGCGUUUCCUGCUCCUGAUCGCCGCUUCCCGCCCUUUUCCAGGUUUCCUGCGCAGCUGGGGUGCUGCAGUGGGUCUCUUCUCCCGCUUCACAGCGCGGUGGCGGUGGCAAGAUUGUCCUCGUGCCUGAGCUCGACUUCUCGGUGUUGCCGUGCUAUUUCACAGGAUGGAAUCGACGACACAUGAAGCACUGAUGAUCCACUGGCUGUCGAAGUUCAGAACUGGUUUUUCUUGCAACUGCCAAUUUUAUCAAAAUCAGGAUGGCUAUUUUGUAUUUCUUCUUUCUUUCGUUCUUUGUGGAGAUGUUAACUGGAUCAUACCUUAGCAGAACUGUGUUAUUAUGAAUUCUUGCCAUGUACGAUAUUAACCAUUAAAUGAGUUGAAUAAAGCUUCAAUUUUUUUCCUUACUUA